AUGAGCAGACCGCUCCUCCGCUCCGCACUGGAGCUGCGAAAUCCCGCAUCACGCCUGCCACCGACCUUCCUUCUGCCCAUCCGAGCGCGAUGGAUCAGCUCGACACACCAGCACAUCGAGUCCGCCUCGACGACCGCGACGACGCCACCAUCUAGCGGCUCCCCUCUCGAGGCAUCGCGCACCCAGCAGACUUCAGCGACUAUACACGCCAAAGCAGCGGCUGCCGCCGCGACAGCAACAGCAGCAGCACGCCAAGCAGUGCACUCGAACACGCCCAAGCCACGCGCGCCGCCCACGCAGCCUCCACCACAACCGACCGGCCCAAUCCCCCAGUCCGUCAAGGACAUGCUGCCGCUGCUGCGGGCACAGCCGGGCGGGCACUACAUCACGCUGCACAUCCACGGGCGGCCGUACCUGGUGACGCCGGGGGACACGGUCCGGCUGCCGUUCCUGAUGCCGGGCGUGCAGCCGGGCGACGUGCUGCGGCUGAACCGGGCGUCGGUGCUGGGGUCGCGCGACCUGACGCUGCUGCCGGACGAGGCCGGGGAGCGCAACCUGCGGAACGGCGAGGUCGCGUACGUCGACGAGCGGCUGUACGAGUGCCGCGCCGUGGUCGUCGGCGUCGACAGCGAGCCCAUGCGCACCAAGGAGAAGACCAAGCGGCGCAACCGCAAGGUCAAGACUGUGCGGAGCAAGCACCGGUACACGGUCCUGCGGGUCAGCGAGCUGAGGAUCAAGGCGCCGGAGGAGCUUGAGGAGUAG